AGAGCUGCAGGAAAAGGGAACAUCACGCACGGGGUGUCGAUGUGAAAGCAGUUGUUCCUCCACGACCAGACACCCAUCAAAACUUGUUUUUACGCGUUGUUUUUAACGGGAUCCGCCGCACUAGUCGAGCGAACGUAACACAGCGCGAAACGGUGGUUUCCUGCACGGGGGAUUUAAUGGGAGUCUUGCAUCGAUAAAGCGCUUCUCCCCCCCUUGACGGACCCUCGCUCGAACCGAACCGGACUCGGGCGCUGUCCUCACCGGGGGGUAUCCGAGCCCAGUUAUAUUUUGACUAGGAAGAGACCACUCCGGAGUCCUAAUAUGGCAGGAAAUCUGAAGAAAGGUGGGGGGCUUAUUGGCAUGAUGAAGGACGCUUUUCAGCCUCACCAUCAUCUCCACCACUCCCAUCACCAGCCCGGGGCCGUGGACAAAAAGACGGUGGAGAAAUGCUGGAAAUUCAUGGAUAAGGUGGUACGGCUAUGCCAGAACCCCAAGUUAGCUUUGAAGAACAGUCCUCCGUACAUCCUGGACCUGUUACCAGACACCUACCAGCAUCUCCGCACGAUCCUGUCCCGCUACGAAGGCAAGAUGGAAACACUGGGUGACAACGAGUACUUCCGCGUUUUCAUGGAGAACUUGACCAAGAAGACCAAACAGACCAUAAGCCUGUUCAAAGACGGCAAAGAGCGAAUGUUCGAGGAGAACUCUCAACCCAGACGGAACCUGACGAAAUUGUCACUGAUAUUCAGUCACAUGCUCGCCGAGCUCAAAGCCAUCUUUCCCAAUGGCCUGUUUCAAGGGGAUAACUUCAGAAUCACCAAAGCAGAUGCCGCAGAGUUCUGGAGAAGAUCGUUCGGGGACAAGACCAUCGUGCCUUGGAAGGUGUUCCGGCAGGCCCUGCAUGAGUUUCACCCCAUCAGCUCGGGCCUGGAGGCCAUGGCUCUCAAAUCCACCAUCGACCUCACCUGCAACGACUACAUCUCUGUCUUUGAGUUUGACAUUUUCACCAGGCUUUUCCAGCCAUGGUCAUCACUGCUAAGAAACUGGAACAGCUUGGCAGUGACUCAUCCAGGCUACAUGGCCUUUCUCACCUACGAUGAAGUCAAAGCUCGUCUGCAAAAAUUCAUCCACAAGCCCGGCAGCUAUAUUUUCAGGCUGAGCUGUACACGGCUAGGCCAGUGGGCUAUUGGUUACGUCACAGCUGAUGGUAAUAUCUUGCAGACCAUUCCUCACAACAAACCCCUCUUCCAGGCCCUCAUCGAUGGCUUUAGGGAAGGAUUCUACCUUUUCCCUGAUGGCCGCACACAGAACCCUGACCUCACAGGGCUGUGUGAGCCCUCGCCUCAAGACCAUAUCAAAGUCACACAGGAGCAAUAUGAGCUCUAUUGUGAGAUGGGCUCUACCUUCCAGCUGUGUAAGAUUUGUGCUGAGAAUGACAAGGAUGUAAAGAUCGAGCCCUGCGGCCACCUCAUGUGCACUUCCUGUCUCACAGCCUGGCAGGAGUCAGAAGGCCAGGGCUGCCCGUUCUGUCGCUGUGAAAUUAAGGGUACUGAACCCAUCGUCGUUGACCCCUUCGAUCCCAAGGACCCCAAUAGUGGAGGCUCCUACGGAGGCUGCCGGAGCAUGUUUGGGGCCGAGGGAGCCCCUUCUCCCAGCUAUGACGAUGACGAUGAUGACCGUUUGGAGGAUUCUCCUUUCAUGAUUAGCAAGCUGGUUGGUGCUAAAGUGGAGAGGCCGCCCUCACCCCUGUCAGCUGCCCCUCAGCCUGUCGUUCCCCCAGUACCUCCUCGGCUGGAUCUGCUUCCUCUCAGACCCACCAACCCUCCCGGGGCCUCUAGUCCAGGCGCCACAUCCAAGGCCCCAUCCCAUCACAAGGACAAGCCAUUACCGCUGCCCCCAGCCCUUAGGGACCUGCCGCCGCCUCCUCCCCCAGACCGACCACAUCCAACCGGAUCAGACAACCGGCUCCCGAGACGCCCUCUCCCCAGUACGCCUGGAGAACCUCCUCGGGACAAACUGCCUCCUGCUCCACCCAACCGCAACAUGCCAGACUGGAACUCGCGGCCCGUACCCAAAGCUCCAUCACAGCCACCAGCAAGCGGAGACUCCCGUGUGUCUCGUGAACUCUCAAACAGACACUCUUUGCCUCUCCAACUGCCCUCCACGCUCGACGCCAGAGCAGAAGGCCCAAGGAACAACGGCCCCCCCAGCCUCGACCACCAGCUGAGUUUUGGAUCAUCCAAUCCUGGGUCAGAUUACGACAGCCCAAAAGUAAAGCCAUCUGCCUCGGCUAAUGCCAUCUAUUCCUUGGCAAUACGGCCUCUCCCAGCAGUCAUGGCUCAGGCCGGGGAGGACACCUGUGAGAACGAUGAGGAGUCGGAGUACAUGACUCCAUCUUCUCGGCCGGUGCUACCCUCUGCUGCAGAGGAAGCUGUGCCUAGACCGCCUCCUCCACAUUCUCUUAGUCCCAGGAGUAUGCUCAGUGAAAUGGAGUCAGAGAGCCCACAGAUGUACGAAGCCAUGUACAACAUCCAAGCUCAGGCCCUUACUGCCUCUGCUCCACAUCAGGCCAGAGACUCAGAUUAUUCUGAAUUGCCUCCUUUGACCUGCUCUAAUGGCCCGAGGGAUCCUGUUGGUGCAUGCCGUGAGGAAGAACAGGAGAACAGCUAUGACUAUCCCAAGCCCCAUAUACCCACCAACCUCGCCCGACGCACUCUUUCAGAUAUUAACCCUACAUCCUCAGCCUUCAGCCACCUUUCUAUGGACAGUGAGCUUGGAGCGGCAGCAACAGUCAUGGACCCCACCGAGGCCCCCGAGCGACCUCCCAAGCCUCUUCCCCGUCGCAUCAAUUCAGAUCGCAGGCCCAGCCCGGUUCCCCCCGGAGCGAGCCCAGGGCCCAGCCAGCAGAUCAGCAGCGAGAUCGAGCACCUCUUGAGCCAGGGCUACUCCCUUCAGGACAUCCAAAAAGCCCUUAUGAUUGCACAGAACAAUAUCGAGAUGGCCAAGAACAUCCUGAGGGAGUUUGUGUCCAUCCCUUCUACUGCACAUAUCUUAACAUAACGAAUCUCUUCUGAGCAUCCUGUCGCGGCCCAGCCACGUUCGUCACACAUUCGUCUAGACUCCAGAAGAAGGGAGUGCAAACCUUGUGCUCUAGCUCUAGUGACGGCGAGAGACUCUUUCUCCGUAACACUUCUCGGAUUCUCUGUCCUCCUCCGCGCGUGUGGAAGAGCGAGGGGUUCGUUGCGACCGCUUCUUCAACCCGAAGGCAACGCAUGUCCCCUAAGGACAAAAACAAAAAAGACAAAAACAUGUAUGUGUUUAUAUAUGAUUUAAUAUAUAAAUCAGAAUAUUGAGUAUAGUUAAUAUAUACACAUGUAUGUUGGAGAGGUUCAGCUGCAGAGAUCAGGGUGUGUGAAGUAUUAGGCCUCGGAGUUCGGAUAGCUAAAGGGAGUUAAACAGCAG